UGCCAGUUACAUAUCAAAAAUAUAGAAUAAAAUAUAAUACAAUAACUCCGGGAUUUGAUAGAGAGUCAGUCACUUUUCCAGUUAAAUAUUCUACAAAAUAAAUCGUGCCCUCAACAUGACAGAGUCCAUUAUUGGCUUUGAUAAUGCCACUGUAUCUAAUCCAGCGACCAUGCCAUCUGAAAUGUUCCACCCUGAAGCAGUGUCAGCAGUAAAUAAAUGCCAAACGUCAGAAGCCAGAAGACUUGUUAUUUAUGAUUUGUUUCGAAAGUUGAUUAAUACUGACAUAUACCACAUUGGUGGGACUUAUACAAAUGACAACCCAGACCUAUGGUUUUACUAUUCACUCUCUGCUUGUCCUGGAGGCAAUUUUUUGCUAAGCUUAUUUACAUGUCACAGAUCUUCUGGGGUAUUUUCCAUUGGAAUUAGUGAAGGUAGUGAAUUCACACAAAAGAGGGACUGUCCUCAAUCACUAUAUUCGUCAGAGACACUCAGUUGGCAAACAUACUUAAGUGGACAAGCAAAUGAAAAUCACUACAUCAAAACUUUCAAAUUCAAUAAAAGCAAAAUGGAGACUUGGGAAAAUAAGUUUCUUUGUAUACCUAUCAAGAUAGAAACUAACUGCCAGCAAAUAUUGAACAACAAUAUUGUUAAACAGAUAAAAGUGGCGCACGACUUUGGCGACGUUCUUACUAAGGAGGAAAAUACAGAUUUCAUACUAGUAUCUAUUACUAAAAGACAGUUUCCUGUCCAUCAAGCCAUACUAGCAGUACAUAGCCCGGUAUUAAGAGACCUGAUAAAGAGUUCAUCAUCUAAAACUGCUUUAAUUGACCUUAAUGACCAUGACAUGGAGCUCUUACUUCAAUUUAUUUAUACAGGGACCAUAAAAGAAGUACAUCAAGUUGAUUGCUUAAAUCUACUAGAAAUUGCUGACAAGUUUCAACUCAAAAAUCUAGUUCUAUUAACACAACAUGUUAUUAAAGAGCAGAUUGAUUUAAAAAAUGCCGUAGAAGUUGCUGUAUAGCUGAAAAGUAUUCACUCGAAAUGUUACAAGCCAGUGUUUUUUAAUAUAUCAAAAUUCAUCCAGAAAUUCUUGAUUGAAAUGAAGCCUGGAAAAAUCUGAACAAUAACAAAUUAACAAAAAAGUUUUUUUCAUUCAUGGAAAAAGAAAAGAGAUUUCACAAGGUACAUCAAGUUCAUCAUAAUACUUUUACGUUCACAAUAAAAACUGGAUUAUUUAGAAGCAAUUAUUAUUAUGUAUAUAACUGUAUUUAUACUUAUUUUGACAUUUUUAUAUAGAGUAACUUUUACUUUUUAAGCCACAGAGUGUAGUCCCUGUAAUUUACUUUUAAGUUAUAUCUAAAGUACUACUGUGGCAUGUUUUAUUGUAACGGGCUAGUAUAGUCAAGAACACAUCAAGCUUGACACUUAAGAUUUAUAUUCAACUCUAUGCCGCUAACAAUAAGAAUGGUCCA